AAGAUACUUCCUCCUCCGGCGAAAAAAGAGACGAGGAAACGAUGGGGAAAGCUUCAGAGACACCGGCGAACGCCUCGAGAUUUCUUAAAUCAGAAGUCAAAUCCGAGAAACCUCCGUUCGGAGUUGCCGUAGAUGACACCAAGCCUGUUCUCCAGGAUCCGAUUGUGCGAUCGGACCCAAUGGAGACUGAAGAAGCUGUGCUCAGAUUGCCUUCCUUCCCCACUCAGAAUCUACAAUAGCUGCUUUUAAGACCAGACAAGUGCCAGCAGCACCAGAACAGAGUGUAUUUUCAUUGCAUUACUAAUCACAAUUCAAGAAAGAGAGAGAGAGAGUAUUAAUAUGGAUUCUACAAAGGGUUGGUUUCAGAAGCGGCAGAUGCGUGGAGGGUCCAGAUAUAAAGGUGGUGGUAGUAAUGGCUCUGCCGAUGAGCAGCCAAACGUACAAACUGAUGAAGAAGCUGUCUCAAACACUACUAAACAGAAAGUUGCAGCUGCUAAACAGUACAUUGAGAAUCAUUACAAAGAGCAGAUGAAGAUUCUGCAAGAGAGGAAAGAAAGGAGAAGCUUGCUAGAGCAGAAGCUGGCAGAUGCAGAUGUGUCUGAAGAAGAUCAAAACAAUCUUCUCAAGUUUCUGGAGAAGAAGGAGACAGAGUACAUGCGCCUUCAACGCCACAAGCUAGGCGUUGCUGAUUUUGAUUUGCUUACCAUGAUUGGUAAAGGUGCUUUUGGAGAGGUUAGAGUUUGUAGAGAAAAGACUACAGGUCAGGUCUAUGCAAUGAAAAAGCUCAAGAAGGCUGAGAUGCUUCGCAGAGGCCAGGUUGAGCAUGUGAGAUCAGAGAGGAACUUACUUGCGGAAGUGGACAGUAACUACAUAGUGAAGCUCUACUGUUCGUUUCAAGAUGAUGACCAUCUUUACCUUGUGAUGGAGUAUCUUCCUGGCGGUGAUAUGAUGACUCUCCUGAUGCGCAAAGAUACUCUGACAGAAGAUGAGGCCAAGUUCUAUGUCGCUGAGACAGUUCUCGCCAUCGAGUCCAUCCACAUGCACAAUUACAUCCACAGGGAUAUCAAGCCGGACAACUUGCUGCUCGACAGAUAUGGGCACCUGAGACUGUCGGAUUUCGGAUUGUGUAAACCUUUGGACUGCAGCGUCAUUGGAGAAAACGAGUUUUUGAACAAUUCUAGUGGAUCCACGGAGCAAGAGGAUGGAUCAGCUGCUCCAAAACGCACUCAGCAGGAACAGCUCGAACAUUGGCAUAGGAACAGGAAGAGGACGCUAGCUUAUUCAACAGUUGGGACACCAGAUUACAUAGCUCCAGAAGUUCUACUGAAGAAAGGCUAUGGAAUGGAGUGUGACUGGUGGUCCCUUGGAGCUAUCAUGUACGAAAUGCUUGUAGGAUAUCCUCCUUUUUAUUCAGAUGAUGCUAUGUCAACCUGUAGAAAGAUAGUAAACUGGAAAAGUCAUUUGAAGUUUCCAGGGGAAGCAGUAUUGUCAAGGGAAGCAAAAGAUCUUAUCAACAGCCUUUUGUGCAGUGUCAGACGUAGGCUUGGUUCCAAAGGUGCUGAUGAAAUAAAGGCUCAUCCAUGGUUUGAAACUGUUGAUUGGGAUUCAAUAUUCGAUAUGGAUGCAGCGUUUGUUCCUGAGGUCAAUGACGAUUUAGACACUCAGAAUUUUGAGAAGUUUGACGAGUCCGAGUCACAAACUCAGACAUCAUCCAAGUCUGGCCCAUGGAGGAAGAUGCUGUCGUCAAAGGACGUAAACUUUGUUGGGUACACUUACAAGAACUUCGAGAUCGUUAAUGAUUACCAAGUUCCUGGAAUGGCGGAGUUAAAGAAGAAGAACAAGUCGAAGCGACCACCAAUGGUCAAAUCACUCUUCGAUAGUGGAUCAUCGGAUUCACCGGAAACAACAACGAGAUCGGCUAGUGAUCGACCCCCUCCUACUCCUACUCCGCCAGUGGCUAAGGGAAGCUUUCUGAAACUUCUACCACCAGAACACGACGUCAGGUCAAAGCAUGAAGCUUGCUAAAAAUAGCAAACAAUGUUUAAUUUGUAUUGUUUCGAUUUGGGUUGUGUCCUCAAUCUUACGAACCGACGAUCACUCCUGCUAUCUCCAAGACGAACCAAGUCUCAUUUAUUGGCAUGCAAAUAUUUUUAAUUCAUUUUACAUAAUUGUAGUUUUUUUUUUCUCAAAAGUCAAGUUGGUGCGGAAGGUGUAUAAAACUACGAAAUGCUUUUGUUUAUA